UACAAUUUCACGCUUCUCUCUACCACCGAAAAUCGAUUGUUGGUGGUUACGGCUUUUUCUCCCCUGAUUUAUACCAAGUCUUCCUUCUCUCUGUCUCUCCCUCUGUUCCCAUUUCCUGCUCCACGUGGGUUGUAGCUGUUGCUUUCUUCCUGCACUUCUUUCCAUCUCUCUUGAUUUCCCAUUUCCUCUGCCCAUAACUCGCUUGAUCUUGAUUACCCCAGUUUCAAUCACCCUCAACUUGAUCUGCAGACAGCUUGCUUUUUUGGGUUGCUCCAGGAUACUCAGCUCUGCUUUCAUCUAUUGUCAACUGUAAGUUAUAAGCUUUAAGGGUGAAUUUCUGGAUUGAUCUGGAUAUGGUGAUUUGGUUCAUAAGGGCUUGUGGCAAUUUACUCAUGUCUUGGUAGUGAAGUGAUUUGAAGGUGUCUGAGAUUGUAAUUGGAGUGGGGGAAUGGGGGAAUUAAGCAUAAUUGAGUUUUGAAAUUUGAAGAAUUUUCAAAGAUUUGCAGAUUGAUUGCAACUGAGGAGUAUUUGAUUAUUGGAUUGAUCUGCCCAUUACGUGGUGAGUUUGAAAGGUCUUACAGGGUUUUCAGAAGAAGUUCUGACGGAUCCGUCUAUUGAAAAUCCGGGUUGUGACUGUGUGGCUGGUCUGGAGUGCUUACUAAACAUUAUCAGGGCCCUCAGAAUGGGGUCCUGUUUAUCUGCAGAAAUUAGGAGCCCUCGAGCUGGUUCUCCUUCUUCCUCUCUGGGGAUCAAGAAGAGGAGGAACUUGAAGGGAAAACUGGGUUCGCAUGGUUCUUCUUUUGACUACCUGAGGGAAGAGCCAUUGCACAGGAUACCAGGGAGGAUGUUUCUGAAUGGGUCUAGUGACGUUGCUUCACUUUUUACCCAACAAGGCAAGAAAGGAACCAACCAGGAUGCCAUGAUUGUUUGGGAGAAUUUUGGCUCAAGAACAGAUACGGUUUUCUGUGGUGUUUUUGAUGGCCAUGGUCCCUAUGGUCACAUGGUUGCAAAGAGAGUGAGAGACUCUCUUCCCUUAAAGUUGAGUGCACACUGGGAAGUUAAUAUAACCAGUGAGGUUGUUCUUAAAGAGAUCAAUCUAAAUAAUGCUGGAAGCAUGAUGUCUGAAGAUAUUUCUUUUAUAUCAGCUGAUGAGGAAUCAAAGGCAUCUGCUGUACUUGAGGAAACUGAAAAGCACCCUGAGAUUUUUCAGACUCUGAAAGAGUCAUUUCUGAAGGCUUUCAGAGUAAUGGACAGGGAACUCAGAAUGCAUGCAAAUAUAGAUUGCUUCUGUAGUGGGACAACAGCUGUAACUUUAAUCAAGCAGGGUCAACAUCUUAUCAUUGGAAAUGUUGGGGACUCUAGAGCUGUACUGGGUACAAGGGAUGAAGACAAUUCCCUUAUUUCAGUUCAGUUGACUGUUGAUCUGAAGCCAAACCUUCCAGCGGAAGCAGAAAGAAUCCGAAAAUGUAGAGGUCGUGUAUUUGCCCUUCAUGAUGAACCUGAGGUUGCCCGAGUUUGGCUACCAAACAAUGACUCACCUGGCCUUGCUAUGGCACGGGCUUUUGGAGAUUUUUGUCUGAAGGAUUUUGGCCUGAUUUCCGUGCCUGAAAUAUCUUAUCGACGUUUGACAGAGAAGGACGAAUUUGUUGUUUUGGCCACGGAUGGGAUUUGGGAUGUUCUCUCAAAUAAGGAAGUGGUAGAUAUUGUAGCUUCAGCCCCAGCACGGUCGUCAGCAGCUCGGGCCGUGGUUGAGUCAGCAGUUAGAACAUGGAGAUACAAGUACCCGACUUCAAAAGUAGAUGACUGUGCUGUAGUCUGCCUCUUCUUGGAUUCAAAGUCAAACAAUUUAUCCACUGCUUCCAUUGCCAAGGAGCAGCCUAAUUCAGUAGACCAAGUCAAGAAUGGCAUGGAGAAAGAGACUGAUCUUUCUGGUCCAACCAUUCUGCACCGUUCAGGAACUGUCCAAAAUGACAAAGAAACACUAGCAGAAGGAACUGAUGAUUCCAGAAAGCAGGAAGAAUUGCAUUCAGAAUUAGGAAUAGAUUGGUCAGCCCUUGAAGGGGUUUCUCGUGUCAAUACCCUCUUAAAGUUGCCUAGGUAUGUGCCUGGAAAACAAGAUAAGAAGGCUGCUGGAGAAACAAAGAAGCGGCAAUGAUCAAGGCAAGCAAGUUUGGUUAGUGUUUAAUUUUUUGUUUACUUGUUAAUCUUGUUGUUUCCUUCCUUUAAAUUAUAUAUUUUUUUGUUAAUUAAUGUUAAAUUUCAACGGGAGAGGUGGGCCCGGCUGUAUUAGUUUGUCUGGGAAAAAGUGUCCUUUCACUCUCUGGUGUGAGUAGAAUUAGAAUUUGUGCAAAAUCCAGCUCUCCGUCUAUUGUCUUUCCUCCCCAUGAAAUUUUCUUUUUCUUAAAUUUUCAAGUGUGAUAUGGUUAAUUUGUUGGUAAUUGUAUGUUGAUAAUAAUUUUGUGACAAUGAAAAUGAUUUUUGUUG